AUCCAAUAAACAGUCUCCAAGUGUGAAUUUUAGUUGGUUCCAACAAGCGAAAUAACUCACGCGCUGUGACACACCGCGCGUAAGUGCACGACGACUGAUCCAUCCCCUUGUCAAGACAGCCACCACCUCCGAAAUUACAAAAAAGAGGUCCACCGUCGUCGUCGCUUGCGGACCAGACGAUUUCUCCGAUGAUAAUUUUCUUCAAGGGUUUAAUCAUCGCCUAGAUUCGAAUUCGUUCGUCCCCGACGAGAUCCGCAUGAGUCGCUGCUAGGACAACAAUGGAGGCUCGUCCGGUUCAGAGAUCAGGUUCUAGGGAGCUCAGUAACCUCGCUCGCACUUCUUCAAUCCCAUCUACACCAAACCCUUCUUCAGCACCAGAAGCUGCUUUCAUGAGACCAGACCACAAGCCAUUAGGACAACAAACCUAUCACUUGCUUUCUUCCAGUAACGGUGGAUCAGUUGGACACAUAUGCUCUUCCUCAUCAUCUGGUUUCUCAACCAAUCUCCACUACUCAUCUAUGGAGAAACACUACGCAGCAGCGUCGAGCAACGAUGAUAGUUCUUGGUGCAAUGGAGGGUUUCUUGAUUUCCCUGAAGACCACCAGGCCGUUCAUAACAACAGCCAGAUUGAGGACGGUUGCAUUGGCAUCGGCGCUGGGUUUGAUGACAUUCAAAAACCAAACGAUUGGCAAUGGGCUGACCACUUGAUCACCGACGAAGAUCCUUUACUAUCGACUAACUGGAACGAUCUCUUGAUUGACACCAGUUCCAAUUCAGACACAAAGGACCAGAAGUCUCUGCAACCCAUACCACCGCAAUCCCAGACUGUUCAGCAGCAACCUUCUCCUUCUGUGUCUGUGGAGCUGCGACCUGUCAGCACAACAUCUUCAAACAGUAAUAACAAGGCACGUAUGCGUUGGACGCCAGAGCUUCACGAGGCUUUUGUUGAGGCUGUCAACAGUCUUGGUGGCAGUGACAGAGCAACUCCUAAGGGUGUGCUGAAGAAAAUGAAAGUUGAAGGGUUGACUAUAUAUCAUGUCAAAAGUCAUUUACAGGUUCUUUUAAUUUUCUCCUCUGUGCUACAAAUGCAUACAGUUUUGUCUUCUUUAAUGAAAGAUUGUGUUUGCUUUAUGAAACUGCAGAAGUAUAGGACGGCUAGAUAUAGGCCAGAACCAUCAGAAAGUGGCUCGCCAGAGAAGAAGUUGACACCGCUUGAACAUAUAACAGCUCUUGACUUGAAAGGUGGGAUAGGGAUUACAGAGGCUCUGCGACUUCAGAUGGAAGUGCAGAAGCAACUCCAUGAGCAGCUCGAGAUUCAAAGAAACCUGCAACUCCGGAUAGAAGAACAAGGCAAGUACCUGCAAAUGAUGUUCGAGAAACAAAACUCUGGUCUCGGCAAAGGCAAAGGGACAGCAUCGACAUCAGAUUCACCAUCCAAAUCUGAGCAAGAAGACAACAAGAAGACCGCUGAUUCAGAGGAGCUCGCACCGGAGGAGACCAGGAAAUGCCAAGAGCCUGAAUCUCCACAGCCAAAGCGAGUCAAAACCGACAAUUGAAAGCAUCUAUCUACAUUUACUAGGAACUGGUGUAUUGCUGGAUCGUUUCGUAGUUCCAGAGUUUUAACAGUUAUAGAGAGAGCGAGAGAGAGAAAGAAAGAGAGCUCUCUUAUAUUGAGGGUCUUCAGGACUUCCUUCUGUCUCUACUGUUUCAACUAUUUUUCUGAUGGAAGACUCUCUCAACUCUGCUGUGUAGACAAAGAAGAAACCAAAAACAAAAAUAAGAGUUGGUUGAGAGAAUCUUCAUCAUUUGAAUGUAAUCUAAAUGCUGUAACUCGUCGUUAGUUUACGGAUACAGAUUCUGUGUUUUAAUACUUUUUUUGAAUAUGUAACCCUCAGUUUGUUUUCUUCUAUUAUGAAUGUUAUUUUGUCUUGUCAU